AUGAGGGAGUAUAAAGUGGUCGUGUUGGGCUCGGGCGGCGUGGGCAAAUCUGCAUUGACUGUCCAGUUUGUGACAGGAUCCUUUAUUGAGAAAUACGACCCCACAAUAGAGGAUUUUUACCGAAAGGAGAUCGAGGUGGACUCGUCCCCAUCUGUUCUGGAGAUACUGGACACGGCGGGGACCGAACAGUUCGCCUCCAUGCGAGACCUGUACAUAAAAAACGGGCAGGGAUUUAUUUUGGUAUACAGUCUGGUCAACCAGCAGAGCUUCCAAGACAUCAAGGCGUUGAGGGAUCAAAUCAUUCGAGUGAAAAGAUACGAGCGAGUGCCCAUGGUAUUGGUUGGAAAUAAGGUGGACUUGGAAGGCGAGAGAGAGGUCUCUUCCGGGGAAGGCAAGGCGCUGGCUCAGGAGUGGAAUUGCCCGUUUAUGGAAACUUCUGCCAAAAAUAAAGGCUUGGUCGACGAACUGUUCGCAGAAAUCGUGAGACAGAUGAACUAUUCCUCUUUACCCAGUAGUGGAGGUCGCUGUUGUUCUUGUGUUCUUUUCUAA